AUGAGUGAAAUAAGUGAAGAAUUUUUAAGUGUGUGGGUGAAACAUAAAAUAAGUUUUUCUAAGUACAAUUUUAAUGAUCUAUGGAAAGAUGAUUAUAACAAAACAAUUCUCAAAUGGAUAAAUAACAUUAAUUCUAAAAUAUUAUUUAUAUACCUAAUAGAAAAUGAUGAAAUUAAAUUAAAUUUUUCUUUUGAUUUCUCAAACGAUAUAAUAGAUGAAACAGUUGAAGAAUAUAUAAUAUUCUUAAAGAUUAAUAAUAAAAAAAUAACGCAUGAAAAUAUAGAUAAUGUAAUUUUAUUUAACAAAAUAAAAUAUAAAAUAAAAGAAAAUAUUUUAAAUUUAAUGGACAGAGUAUUAAUUCCAUCUAUAGAUAUUAAAAAUAACUGUCCAACAAACAUACAAAAUGAUUUUAAAAUUACAACCAUAGAUUUCAUGUCAUAUAUAACUCAAAUAUUUUCAAAAAAUAAAUUAAUUUACUAUCCGAAAAUUACGGUUAAUCAAAUUCAAUUAUUUGCAAAUGAUAAAAAUUAUCUCCAAUUACUAGAAAAAUUAUUAAUUCACUGGAUUGAAGAUGUGCAAAAAUUGUUCAAAAAUAUCUAUGAUAAAGAUAUAAAUUAUUUAUCUUUAUGUGAAUAUAUUUCUGAUGUAGAGAAAAAACAUAACAUUUUGAAAGAUCUUUUAGAAGAAUUAAAUUUAGAUAUAAUAGGUUGUAUUUUAAAUGUUUUAGAUAAAAAUAAUUGUGUAAAUGUAAAAAAAUUUAAUUCUUUAAUAAUAAAAAUAAAAGAUAAAUGUGAAAGACUAGAAGAAAAAUUAAAAGCAUUAAAAAUUUUAGAAGAACCUUUUAGAAAUUUGCAAGAUAAUGUAUCUUUAGAAAAUGUAUAUAAUAUUUUACCUAUUAUUGUGAAUAGAUUAAAAUUAAUUUUUAACUUUUCAAAAUAUUAUAAAAAUUCGGAUGAAUUAAAUAGUUUAAUAACAUUACUAUUAAAUGAAUUUAUUAAAAAGUUACAAAACUACAUUGAUCUUUCAAAAUUGUAUACAAAGGAAGUUAUAGAAUUAAUAGAAACAUUGGAUGAAUGUGUUAAUUUUGUUUCAUAUUGGGAUUAUCUCAUAAAUAUUUCAUUUAGCAAACCAGAUGAAAAAAAUUUAACAGAUGAUUCAAUCAUAAAUCAUAUUAAUUUGUCUAAUAUUAUAUCAUUUCGAGAUAAAUGUAUAGAUUUAAAAGAAAUAUGUUUUGCCUGUAAACAAUUUUUAUUUUGUAUAAAAGAAGAGGAUAUAAAAACGUUUAGUUAUGAAUAUUAUGAUAUAAUUAAAAAAGGUUUUAAUGAUAUAGAGUCUACUUUUUUCAAUGAAUUAAAUAGGAUUCGAAAUUUAAAAUAUAACAUAUUAAGUAUAAAUAAUAACGAAUGGGAUAAUGACUUUAAAAAAACAAAAGAAUUAAUAAAAGUUUUAGAAAGCAUAUUUAUAAAUUUAAUUAAAAUAUCAUUUGAAAAUUCGUGUAAUAUAGAAAAUACAAUUUUUUUAUUUGAUAAAUUUUAUAGUUUAUCUGUAACUGAAAAUAUAAAAUCAUUUAUGAAAAAAAAAGUAAUAGAUAUAUGGUAUGAUUUUAUUAAGUAUAUUGAAUCUUAUUCUAAAUACUUUAAUAAUUUUCUUGAUAAUCCAUUUAAUUAUUUCUCUCAUAAUAUAAGAUAUGAAUAUCAUUCUUCUUGUAUUAUGCUUGCAAAAAACAUUUAUAUAAAACUAUAUAGGAUAUUUGAUAAGUUAAAUAAACUUUAUUAUAUCCCAAAAGUAAAAGAACAAGAUACUGCUUAUGAAAAAUAUUUUAAUUUUCAAAACUCUUUAAAUAAUUAUAUAAAGCAAAUUAAUAAUGUAUGGAUAAAUGAACUAAAAACAAUUGCAUCUAAAAAGAAUAAUUCUCUUGUUAGCACAUUGCUAGAUAAUUCUAUUAUAAUAAAAGUAAAGGAAAAAUAUUUAGAGAGUACAUAUAAUAUAGAAAUAAAAAAAGUACUAUCUGAAGUAAACUUUUGGGUAAAGAUAAAAGAUGAAAAAAUAUUUUUACCAAAUGUAAUAAAUGAAUUGUCAUUUCAUGAAGAAAGAUUAAAAAUAAGUAAAGAAUAUGUAAAUAGACUUGUGAGAAAUUAUAAUAAUAUAUGUAUAAUGCUAAAUAGCGAUCAAUAUAAAAUAUUCGAAUAUAUUUUAAAAAACAUUUAUAACAAUAUUGAAAAUACUGUUUUUAAAUACAACUGGAAUAAAGACAAUAUAAAAUUAAAUAUUUUAUUUAAUUUUCUUAAUGAAUGCAUUCAUAUAAAAACAAUAAUUGCUACCUUUAAAAAGAAUGAUGAAAAAAUAAAAGAUAUAUUAAAUGAAAUAGAAAAGAUAUCAAUAAUAAAUAUUGAUGAAAAAAGAACUUAUACAUUGGAAGAAUUUGAAGAAGAACAAAAUAUAAAUAUAGAAAGAAUCAGAAGAAUAUUAAGAGAUAAACAUAGCAAUAUAACAAAAAUACUCAAAGGAAUUCUUGUAUAUAUUGAAAAAUUUUCAACAAAAAGUUUGAAUUCUUUUGAAAAUUAUAUAAAAAAUAUAGAGAAAAAUUUUCAAGAAAAAUAUUUUAUAUCUCUAAAAGUUUCUUUAUAUAACUAUUAUAAAUUAUUAACUGAUAAAAUUAGUAAUGAUGCAGUAGAAAAUUAUCCAUUAUUUAAAAUUUACGUAAAAUUAAAUAAAGAAAAAGAAUUAAUAUAUGACUUUUCACAUCAAUCAGCAAAAAAUCUUACAGACGAAAUCUACAAAAAAGCAUCAGAUAUGUUUUACAAUUUUCCUAAAUUUAGUUUUGUUAUUUUUAAAAAUAGACAGAAACAAAUUAAAAAAAGGAUUGCAUUUGUAUUUAAUACGCCAAAUGCUAAUGAAAAAGAUAUGCUAAAUGAUGAUAAAGAAAAUCAAUUGAAAAAAAAUGAUAAUUAUAAUCAAUGUAAUAAAUUACUAAGUCAAAUAAAUAAUAUAUAUGUUAAUUUUAUGGAAAAAUUAAAGGAAAAAAUAAAAUGGCUAAAACAUUAUAAUUUGAAGUUACUGAAUUUAAAUGAAAAUGAAUUACUUAAAAACUUACAUUCUUCUGAAGAUACAAUGAAAUAUGUUUAUAAUGAAAUUAGCGUUUUUAAAAAUUUAGAAGAAAAUGUUAAACAAGAUAUUGAUAAGGAAAUUAUUCUUUUUAUUGAAAUAAAUUUAAGUAUUCUAAAAGAAGAAUUGUUAUCUGAUUUCAGUAGAUACAAAAAACUAUUUCUUGAUUAUAUUAGUGAAAAAUGCAAAAAUAAAUUAGAAGAAUUAUAUUACUUUUUUAGAGAAAAUAGUAAUAAUCUUCUGAAAAUGCCAGAAGAUAUAAAUGAUUUAAAAAAACACUAUGAAUUAUUAGAAUAUUGUAAUCAGAAUUAUACAAAAAAUAAAAAAGAGCUAGAUAAAUUAGAAGAAGAUUAUUUAAAAUUAAUAGAAUUAAAAGGAGAAUUAAAUGAAGAUGAAAUAAUGAAAUUAAAAACUUCUUCAACUUUAUCUAGUAAAUUUGAAUCCUUACUAAAAGAAAGUAAAACUAUGUAUUUAGAUACAAAAGAAAAAAUGAAGAACGAAAUUAAAAAUUCCUAUAAUGAAUUUAAUAAAAUAUGGCAAAAAAAAAAAUCCGUAUUUUACAAAGAAAUACCAGUCAAUAUAAAUAAUAACCCAAAUGAUGUGCUGAAUAUGAUAAACUUUUAUGAAAAUGAAUUAAAAAAUAUUAAAAUGAUUCAAGAAGGUUUAAAAAACAAGAUAAACUUAUUUAAUAUAGAUGAUGUCUGUGAUGAGCAAAUAAAAGAAAUGCAAGUGGAUUUAAUUCACUUAAAGAAUAUGUGGCAAAUGAUUAAAUAUUGGCAUACUAUUUUUGAUUUUAUCAAGAAUGUUAAUAUAUUUUAUUUAUAUGACAUAUUAAAUGACCUAAUUAUAAUGAUAAAAGAAUAUAAAAAACAAAAUUUGUACGAUGCUUUAUCAUUUUUAGAAGAGAAGAAAUAUGAUAUACAUUCGGAUAAUUCAAAUAAAAAUAAAGAAAUAAAAAUUAAUGGGGAUGGAAAAGAAAAUGAAAUGGAUAUCAUGAAUAAAGAAAAACUUGAGUGUGUAAAUGAAAAAGAGUUAACUGAACAAAAUAAUGUGAAAAAUUUAAAUAUAAAAACUUUUUUAAAUCAAUUAAAAAUACACUUCGUAGAUAUUUUUGAGCAAUUUCUAAUAACUAUGAAAGGAAGAAAUACAUGGGAAAUAUAUAAAGAGUUGAAAAAUAAUGUAGGUAAAUUAAAAUUUUCAUUAAUUCUUGUUGAAAUCCUUACAAGUGAAUGUAUGAAAUUUAGGCAUUUCAAGGAAAUAGAACUAAAAACAAAUAUUGAAUGGAAUCUUAAUAAUAUAACCUUAAAUGACAUAAUAGAACAUAAAUUAUAUAAAGAAAUUAAAUUUAUAACAAUUCUUUAUAAUAACGCAGAAAAAGAAUCAAUUAUAGAAAAUAACUUAAAGAAAAUAAUUAAUAAAUAUGAGGAUAUGAAAAUAAAAGUUCAGAAUUAUAAAUCUUCCUUUUUAAUACAUGACAUCGAUAAUAUUUUUAAUAACAUUAAUGAAGAUUUAUUUUUAUUAAAUAAUAUAAAAAUUUAUAAUUUUGAUAUAAAUUUUUUAAAAAAAACAGAAAAAUGGGAAAAUACACUAGGUAACUUAUAUGAUAAUUUAGAAAUUUUAUAUUUUAUACAAAACAAAAAUGAAUAUUUAAAAUCAAUUUUAUCCUCUUCCGAUGAAAUGAAACCACAUUUAAAAAAAAUAUAUGAAGAGUAUAAUAUAUGUGAUCAAAAAUUUAUAAGGAUGAUUAAAAGUUUUGAAAACUCUUAUAUAUUAGACAAGAUAAAUAAUAAUGAUAAUGUAAGAGUUUUUUUGCAAAUACAAAAGCAACUGAAUUUCAUUGAAAAAUCUCUGGAAACUUAUUUGGAAAAAAAAAAAAGUUCUUUCCCUCGUUUUUAUUUUUUAUCUAAUAAAGAAAUUUUAGAAAUUUUGGGAAUUUACAAAAAUCCUUUAUUACUAAAAAAAAAAAUCCAAAAAAUUUUUUCUUCUAUAUAUUCUAUUGAAUUUUCACCAACCGAAAAAAAGGCAUAUUAUCAAAAAAAUAAUUCAAAAAUAGCAAUAACACAUGAUUCUAACAAAAGUAGUUUUAGUUUUAUGAAUAAAAAGAGUUAUUAUAAAAACUCUUCUAACUUGAAUACAAAUGAAAAAUUAAUAAAUAGAGAAAAAGGGCAAGAAGAUAUUCUUAGUGAAAAUAAAGAAGAUACUUAUAAUUUAGAUAAUUUCAAUAACUCAUCCUAUUUUGAUAUUUAUAUUUUUUCUCAAUACAAGGAGAAAGUAAAAUUGAAAAAAAAAAUGGCAUUAAAUUAUGAAUCAUCAACUAUUAUAUUAAAAAAAUUAGAAGAAAAUAUAUAUGAUACAUUAAAAAUAGAUUUAGUAAAUGUACAAUUAGAAUUAAAAGAAAAAAAUUUAAAAAACUGGAUUUUGAAUAACACACAACAGCUUGUAUUAGCAAGUAAGUGCAUCAAUUUUACAAAUGAUUAUGAAUAUUUUCUAAUACAAAUAAAUAAAGGAUCACAUAUAUUUGUUAAUCAAAUGAAAAAGGAAAACAAUAAAGAAUUAAUCUUUCUGACUGAUUUAAUAAAAACAAUAAAAGAUAAGAAAAAUUUUAUAAAAAUUAGUGCCUUAAUAAUAUUAGAAAGUUAUUAUAAAGAUGUCGCAGAAAAAUUAAUAAAAAAUAAAAUAGAAUGCAAUGAUAAUUUCUUGUGGAUGUGUCAAUUGAAAUAUAUUUUAACUGAAGAUGAAAACAAUGAAAAUUUGAAUUUUGCAAAGAUAUUAUCAUCCAAUGAUAUAAUUGAUAAAAAUGACAAUGUAGAAAAUCAAACAAAGCAUAUUUAUAAAAAGUAUAAUAGCAAAAAUGAGUUUGAUCAAGAUUUAUACAGUGAAAAAAAUAUAAGCAUAAAUAGUGAUGCUAUAAACACAAAUGAAAAAAAAAAACAUAGAGGUGAUUUAGGUACAAAAAUAGUAACUAGUAAAAAUGACAUAAGAACAAAAAAUGAAAAACAGGAAAAAUCGAAUGAAAAUAAAAUUAAUAAAAAGAAUUAUAAUAGCUUACAUACAAAUAAAAAGGAAAACAUUUCUUAUAAUAGAAAAAGUAUAAAACAGCAGAGUUAUUCAAAAGAAAAAAGUUUACAUUUAAAUGAAAAAAAAUACGCACACGAAAAGGAAGUUGAGCAAAAGAAUGAAGAGGAACUAAAAGAAAUAGGAAAAAAUGAGAAAAAUAAAAAAAAAGAAGUAAAUCAUAAAGCAGAUGAAGAAUAUGAAGAAGGAAAAAAAGAAGAAAAAGUGAAUAAUGAAGAAGAAAUAGAAGAAGAAGAGGAAGAAGAUAUACAAGAACAAGAGGAAUAUGAAGAACAUGAAUAUGAAGAUGAGGAUGAAAAUGAGGAAAGGGAAUGUGAAGAGAGAGAAAAGGAAAAGGAUGUGUAUGAUGAAUAUAAUGAUGAUUAUCAAGUAGAAGAAGAGAAUGAGAAAAAAGAAGAAGAAUGUGAAGAGGUAAAAGAUAAAGAAGUAGAUAGUGAAAGAAUAGCAAAAAAAGGAAUAUUACAAAAGAAAAAAAAAUCAGUAAAUGACCAAUUAAUAGGGGAUAUUGAUAAUGCAAUGGCAAUAGAUAUAAACAAAGGAGGAAAUAUAAAUAAUAAUGAUGUAACAAACAAAAAUAAUAAACAGCUUAAGUAUUUUAAAACCAUUAAUUUAAUGCUUAAUAAAUCAAUGACUUUAUAUUUGCAUUAUUUCAAUAAUAAAAAAAAAUAUGCUUAUGAAUACCAAGGAAAUACAACUAGAUUAGUUAUAACACCUUUAACUGAAAAAUGUUUUUAUUCUUGUUUAUUUUCUUUAGAUAAUUAUUAUGUAAAUGCUAUAAAGGGGGAAACUGGUGUUGGAAAAAGUGAAACAAUUAAAGAUUUUUCAAAAAUAUUUGGUAGCAAUAUUAUUUCAAUUAAUUGUAAUAAUAAUAAUACCUCUAAAUAUAUAGGAAAUAUUUUAUCUGGUAUCUUACAAUCUGGGUUUUGGUGCUGUUUUGAUGAGUUUAAUAGAAUAGAUGAAAGAGUUAUUGUCAUUAUUGUAGAGCAAUUUAGAUGUAUUAAACAUAUUUUACAAAAAUUUGAGUUUAACAAUUAUUUUCAUAGAGAAUUAGAAAAUACAAUAUACGAAGACAUCUCUUCUUAUCAAUUAUCAAAAUGGAAAAUAAAUAAUGAUGAAGAAAAUGAAAGCAUUAAUUCUUUUAAUACUUUAUAUGAUGAGUAUUCUAUGCCAUCUUUUUUAAAAAAAAAAGAAAAUAAACAAAAUCCUACAAAUGAAAACAUAAAUGGGAAUGAAAUUAUACAGCAAAAGGAUGAAAUAAAUAAUAAAAAUAAGGAUAUAAAAUACAAAAAUGAAUAUAAAGACACUAAAUUAGCUGAGAUCAAUUAUUUAAAUAAAUUUAACAAAUCAAAUGAAUAUAACAAAUCAAAGGAAUUUUCAAAAAGAGAAAAUUAUAAUAAAUUAGUAAAUAGCAAUUAUGCUUAUUUUGAGGGACAAUAUAUUAAAAUAAAUAAUAAUUGCUCUAUUUACUUAACAUUGUGUAAAAAUAAUGAUAAUUGUUUAUAUUCUCUAGAAAAUUACAAUAAUGUUAUUCAAGAAUUUUGUUUUAAGCCACCAAAUUUUUAUUUAAUUUGCCAAUUUUCUUUAACAUCCAUUGGAUUUAAAAAUUCAAAAAAAUUAUCAAAAAAAAUUAAUAUAUGUUAUAGUUUAUUAUACGAAUUUUUGUCUAAACAAGAGCAAUAUAUAAUUGAUUUAAGAGAAAUAAAAAAAUUCUUAAAUUUAGUGUCUGAAGAUUUCAUGAUAAAUAAUAAAAUAAAAAGUGAAGAAGAAAUUAUAUAUGAUGCUUUAAUGGAAGUUAAUGAAUCAAAAUUAUUAAAUGAUGAUUUAAAUAUAUUUUACAAUUUUCUAAAAGAACUUUUCCCUUUGGUAAAAAAUAAAUCAGAAAAAAAAAAAAAUAAUGAUUCCUCGGUGAAAUUAAUAACAGAUAUAAUGAGUAAUAUGGGUUACACAGUAAAUGACUAUUACAUAAAUAAAAUAUUAAAAUUACAUAAAAUUAAAAAAACAAAUAAAGGAAUUGUUUUAGUAGGAAAAUCUUGUAGUGGUAAAACAAGUGUAAUCAAUAUUUUUAAGCAUUACUGUGAAAUUUCCAAAAAUUUAAUGAUGCAAAAAAAUAGUAAUAUAGAAGAAGAAGGUUAUGAUACAAACUUAUUAGAUAAAAAUAAAUGUACUAUUUAUCAAGAAAAUGAAUAUGAAUAUAAUAAAAGUAAAUUAAAUAAUUGGAAUGAAGAAUUUACAUAUUCAAAUCAAAUAAAUAUACCUAUGAAUUCUCCCAUGGCAAAUAGAAGUGCUUAUGAAAGUUAUACUCUAUUAUAUCCAACUAAUUUAUUUUCUACCAAAAGCAAAAAUCAAGGUAACACAAAUACUUUUACUAAUAAUAUAAGUUCCAAGAAAUUGAGCAAAUUAAGUAGUUCUUACUCUAUGCAAAGUAAAAAUUCCUCAGGUACAUUAAUUGAUUUUUCUCAAAAAUAUAAAAAAAGUACUGACGCAAAUGAUUGUUCUAUUGAAAUAACUGUUUUUAAUCCAAUGUCAACCGAUGUACGAAAGUUAUAUGGAUAUUAUAAUUUUGAAAAAGAAGUUUAUGAAGAUGGUAUUUUAUCUUUAAUUAUGAAAAGAUUAUUUGAAAAUAAUAAUUUAAAUGAAAAAUGGUUGAUAUUAGAUGGUCCUUUAGAUAUAUUAACCACGGAACCAUUACAUUCUUUACUAGACGAAAAUAAAGUUUUAACGUUAAUAAAUGGAAAUCGAAUAAAAUUUGCAGAUAAUGUGUUCAUAUUUUUUGAAAUAGAAAAUUUAAAAAAUUGUGCACCUUCAUUUAUAAGUAGAUCAAAAAUUGUCUAUAUGAACGAAGAAGAGUUCAAUUUUGAGUGGAUAAUUGAUAGUUAUCUAAAAAGUAACUUUUUAAGUUUAGAAGAAAAAAAUUUAAUUCAAGGAUUUUUUAACAAAUACAUUAAAAAAAUUAUGAAUGCUAAAAGAAAUAAAUUUAAAUUAAUUAUUGAGGUUAGUGAUGCAAGUAUUAUAAUAUCUGUUUGCCAAUUAUAUGAUAUGCUAUGUAAUUUAUAUGAUAAAAAUUUCCCAAAAAAUCUUAAUCCUUCUCUAUGUUUAGAAAAACUAUUUCUUCAGUCUAUUAUUUAUACUUUUUCUAAUAUUCUAUGUCCUAAAAGUAAGGAAUUAUUAGAUCAGCUAAUCAAAAGUAUUGACAAUACAUUUCCUCAUUUACAUACUAUUUUUGAUUAUAUAAUAAGUAAAAAUAAUUUUAAUUGGGUUUUAUGGGAUGAAUUAAUUACAACUAAUCAUAAUUUCCUUCCAAAUAUUAAAGAAAUUUUUUCAUAUGAAAAUUCUGUCUUAAAUAAAAAUGAUAGUAACAUGAAAUAUAUGGUUGAUAAUUCACUAAGUGAUACAUUGAACCAAGAUAUGGAUUUUAAUAAAUUAUUUUUGAAUAGUAAUUUAUAUUUUAGUAAGAAGUUUAAUAAAUAUCCUAUAAAUUAUAAUAACCUAUUUAGUGAUAGUGACAAAAACAAUACAUUGAAUGUUUAUGAAACGUAUCAUCAAAAUUUUUUGUCGUCUAAUAUUAACAAUAUAAAUAAUGUGAGCGUGUUGGAUAAUUUUCAGAUGUUCAGUUCCUACUCUAAUGAUAAUAUAUAUUCAAAUAAUAACUUUCUUGAUUCUACUAUAUAUAAUAAUUUUAGUCAAAAUUUAUCCAAUAAUAAUUUUUCAGAUAACAUUUCAGAUAAUAAUAUUUCUGGUAAUAUUUUGUCUUACAGAAAUAUUAAAGAAAAAAAUAAUUUUCACAAUAUGAAUAAUAACGAAGAUUUUAGUAUAAUAAAUGAAAAUUAUAUAGAAAGUUAUAAUAAGUCAUCGAUGAAAGAAAUUUAUAAACAAAAAGAAGAAUUAAAUGAGAAUAAUAUCCAAAAAACAAAAGAAAAAUAUUUUCAACAAACAUUUAAUGACAAUAUUUUUAUUGAGAAUGUGGAAUCUUUAAGAAAAAAAAAUAUAAUUAGUAUCCUUAUGUAUAACAAAAAAAAUAUACUACUAAUUGGUAAUAAAUUUAGUGGAAAAACUUUUUUUAUGAAAUAUAAUAUUUUACCUUUCAUUAAAGAGGAUAUAUCAAAUUAUUACACUUUCAUUUCAAAAUUAUCUAAUUCUAACAAGCUAGAAAAAAAAAUUGAAAUGAAUGUUGAAAAGAAGUGUAGAAAUAUUUAUAAACCAAUUGAAAAUAAAAAAUGUUUAUAUUUUAUUUUAGAUGAUUUAAAUAACCUACAAAAAUAUAAUAAUUCUGAUUUAAACAACUCCAAUGAUAUUAAGGAAAAUUUAUUAUUUGAUUUUAAUAUUAAUACAAAAAGCAUUUCUAAAAAUCAUAAUAAUUCAGUUUCUAACUCUAGUAUUUUCGAAUUUCUUAACCAGUUCAUUGACUAUAAUAUAUAUUAUAAUAAAGACAAUGGAUCUGUAAAGAAUGUAGAAAAUUUGUUUUUCUUUUUAAUAUAUGGUAAUAAUAAAAAAUAUACUUCAACAUUUAAUAGAAAAUUAAUAAAUAGGUUGCAUAUAGUACAUUUAAAUGAAAUGGAUGAAGCAACUAUAAAAAAUACUUUUAAUGCUUUUUUAAGACAUAAAUUUUCUAAUUUUCAUGAAGUAAUUAAAAAUUUAUCUGAACCUCUUUCUUCAUCUACUGUUCGUUUAUUUUUUGAUACAGCGAAAAAUUUCAAACCAAAUUUAAAUUGCUAUCAUUAUUUUUUUCAUUUAACGCAUAUUUUUAAAAUAAUCAAAGGGUUAUUUUUAUCUGAAGCUUCAAUUUAUGAAGAGAAAGAAAGUGUGCUAAGAUUAUGGGUACAUGAAUGUUUUCGAGUUUUAGGAGAUCAAUUAAUUUUAAAAAAUGAAAGAAAAAAGUUUAAAAAUAUAUUAAAAAAUAUUUUACAUAAAAAAUUUUAUGUUUUCUAUAAUUAUUUAUUUCCAAAAAAAAAGACAUUUUACUUUUGUUCUUACAAUUUCCAUGACACAAAAAAUGAAAAGCCCUAUUUUUUUUAUCAAUCGAUAUCUAAUGAAAAUGCUUUGAUAGAAUUUUUUAAAAGUGUUAUUUCAUCGUAUAAUACAUUUACCGUGUGUAAUUAUGAUAAAAAAAAAAAAGAAUAUUUUAAAAAUAAUAAUGUAAAUGUAGAUGUGAAAGAAAAAAAAAAAAGUAUCCUUCUAACAAAUAAUAAAAAGGAACAAUUUAAAGAAAUACGUAUAUACGAAAAUUUUAAAAGUAAUGUAAAUGAAAAUGAAGUGGAUACAAAUUAUUAUACAAAUAAUAGCCUAAAUAAUAAAAGCGAUUUAAAAGAAACGAUUGAUACUUCAUUAAACAAGUCCUUCAAAACAUCAAAAGAAAUAGAAAAAUUAAUAAAUAAAAAUGAUAAUGAUUUUAAUAAUAUUAAUAAUCCUAUAAACUUUAUUUUAUUUAAAGAAGUUAUGUUAAAUAUUUGCAAAAUUUCUAGAAUUUUUCUUUUCGAGAAUGAACAUUUUAUUUCUAUUGGUGACAGUGGUCCAGGAAAGUUCACCUGUUGUUUAAUUGCAUGUUUCAUAUAUCAAAUUAAAAUUCACGUUAUUAAAAAUUUUUAUUACGGAAGUACAAAUAUGCAUACAUCAGAUGAAGAGGACAGAUUGAUUGAUGAAGAUACAACUAAUUACAAUUCACAUGAAGAGAAUUUUUCUGCAAAAUCUUUGAAAAAAUUCGAAAAACAGAAUCAAAUAAGUGACGUAAAUAAACAGAAUGAAGAAAAUAAAAUGAAUGAAGUAAAUAGUGUAAUUGAAGGAAAUAAAACAAACGAAAUAAAUAACAUAAAUGAAGAAAAUAACACAGGUGAAGAAAAUAAAGCAAAUAAUACAAUUGAAGAAAAUAAAAUAAACGAAAUAAAUAACAUAAAUGAAGAAAAUAACACAGGUGAAGAAAAUAAUACAAUUGAAGAAAAUAAAACAAACGAAAUAAAUAACAUAAAUGAAGAAAAUAACAAAGAUGAAGAAAAUAAAGCAAAUAAUACAAUUGAAGAAAAUAAAAUAAACGAAGCAAAUAACAUAAUUGAAGAAAAUAAAACAAAUGAAGUAUAUUUGAAUGAAAAAACUUGUUCAAACAAUUUAAAUAAUUAUAAUUUUAAAAAGAACAAAAGUUUAAAUUUUGUAGAUAAUGAACCAAAUGAUAAUUCAUACUGGAGUAAGGCAAAUACUGACAAGGAAGAUUCUAAUAAACUAAAUAUGAAUUUCUUAAAUAAUAAUAAAAAUUUUUCAGUAAGAGAAAAAUUAAAAUGCAAUUACUUUAUAAAAAAAUUUAAAGAUGCUAUUUUUAACUGCUACAAAAAUGAAAAAAGAUGUAUUCUUUAUUAUUUAGAUGAUAGUAUAAGUGAUGAUAUUUUAGAAUUUUUACACGAAAUAUAUAAUAAUGAACAUUUAAUAAAUAUUUUUAACAGCGAAGAAAUAGCAUUUUUAAAGAAUAUUUUUUUACAAAAUGAAAUAAGCUUUAACAAUUUUGAUACUUUAGGUGAAAUGGUUGAAGACUUAAUUAAAAGGAAUUAUCACUAUAUUUUAUUUACUUCAUUAAGUACGAAAAUUUUUAGAAAAAUAUCUAAUGAAUAUAAUAUAAUAUUGAAAAACUCAACUGUAAAUUAUUUUUGCCCUUGGAAAAAUACCUCUUAUAAUAUAAUAGCUCAUGAAACGCUUAAAAUAAAUAGUUUUAAUAUAGACAUAUUUAGCAAGUUACAUGGUAUAGCACUAAAAACUUUUGAAAACAUUAUUUUUGACUUUGAAGAAAAAAAAUAUGGUGAAAAGGAUAGCGAUUCCUUUUUAAAUGAAUUCAUUAACCAUAUGGAAUGUAAUGAUUAUAAUAAUAAAAAUGCAAAUGAAAAACAAAAAAGUAAUAUAAAAUAUAAUUAUCAACAUAAAAAUUAUGAUGCAAAUGUAACAUUAUGCAAAUCUAAAAAUAUACUAAUGGAAAAUGAUAAACAUUCUAUACAGAUUAACAGUAGUUUACAAAUGAAUACCAAAGACAAUUACACCUUAAAUACUAGUCAAACAAAAAUUAAUAUGCAGAAUAAAAAAACAAUUAAUGAUGGAAUAGAAGAAAAUUUAAAAGAAGGAGAAGACAAGAAUGAAGAUGAAGAAAAUAACAUAAAAUAUAUCAAAAAUUCUAAAAUAGUAGAGGAUAAGCUAAAUAUACAAAAAUACAUUAAUUUUAAGCAUUUUUUUAAUUUUUUACAAUUUUUUGAACAUUUAUAUAAAAAAAAAUUAGAAGAAACAACUAAUCAAGAAAGAAAGAUUAAUAUAGCUUUAAGCAAGUUAGCAGAUGCAAGAAAUGAAAUUCAAGAAAUGCAAAUUCAAUUAAGCCUACAAAAAGAAAAUAUAUCUAAAAAACAAACAGAAUGUGCACAAUUAUUGAAAGUUAUAGAAGAAAAAAAAAAAGAGUCCAAUGAAAAAAAAAAAAAAAUACAAGAAGAUAGUAUUAGGAUAUCAAGUGUAGAAAUAGAAACACAAAAAUUAGCCGAAGAUGCUAGAAAAGAUUUGCAAAAUGCUAUACCAGAACUAGAAGUGGCAACACAAUCUCUAGAACAAUUAGACAAAAAAAGUAUUUCAGAAGUAAAAGCUUAUACAAAGCCACCUGACUUGGUAAUGCAAACUUUAUCCAUUGUAAUGAUCAUUUUAAAUAAAACUCCAAGCUGGGAACAAGCAAAAAUUGAGUUAGGUGACGCAAAUUUUCUAAAUAAAUUAAAAACAUUUGAUAAAGAUUCCAUAUCCGAUAAAACAUUAAAAAAAAUUGAAAAAUUUACGAAAAAUCCAAUAUAUUCACCAAAAGCAGUCAAAAAAGUUUCUUCAGCUACUGGCGCUUUGUGUAUGUGGGUUCAUGCAUUAAAAAUGUACGCAGAAGUAUAUAGAGAAGUAGCACCAAAAAGAUUAAGAUUAAAAUUAGCUGAAGAACAACUAACUAAGAAUAGGAAUGAAUUAAAAUUAACAAUGGAACAACUUGAUGAAAUUAAAAAAACAUUGUUACAACUACAGGAGCAACACAAUGAAAGUACGAAAGUUAACAAUGAACUUAGUAGGUCCUAUGAAGAAUCAUGUUUAAGAAUUGAGAAUGUUGAAAAAUUUUUACUUAAUUUAAUUGACGAAAAAAAUAGAUGGCAAAAAUAUAUUAAAGAUAAUGAACGUAUUAAAAAAUGCAUAUAUGGUGAGUCUAUUUUAUCUUCCUUUUUCUUAGUUUACACUGGUUUAUUGAACUAUGAAGAUAGAAAAUAUUUAAUUUAUGAUAGAUGUGUAAAUUUGCUAAUAAAAAAUCAUAUUUACGUUAAUACAAAUUUUAAUGUUGUUGAUUAUUUUAUUGACCCCAUUCAAUCAUUAGAAUUUAAUAAUAACUUUUUAUCUAAUGAUAUUUAUAUGAAAGAAAAUUCUAUUCUUAUUAAUAAUAAUUUUAUUGCAACACUAAUAAUCGAUCCUCAUUAUCAGGCAACUAAUUGGAUAAAAAGAAGCUAUAAUAAUAAUGAUCAAAUGUUAGUUAUCUCUGAUUUUCAUGGUUCAAAUAUUUUUUUAAAAAUAAUUUAUUGUAUGAAUAAGGGAAUUGCUUUAUUAAUAAAUUCCAUUAAUGAAGAAUUAGAGGACAUUUUACUUUUAACAAUUAAAAAAUAUAAUAAAUUUAUUUUAGACAAAGAAAAUAAUACAAUAUUAGACUUGAAAAAUCAUUAUCACACAAAUAAUUCCUUAAUAAAAGAAUACAUAGGUAGAAAGAAAAAAUUAUAUAAACAUUAUUGUAAUAAUAAAACAAUUUAUGAGGAAAAAAAAUAUUGUAUGAAAUUACAGUUACUAAAUAGAAUAAGUAUUCAUAGAAAUUUUAAAUUGUUCUUGGUUUCUAAUAAAAAUUGUUUUAAUUUGGAUCAUUUAUUUUAUACAUUAACUACUGUUAUUGUAUUUAAUUUAAACAAAGAAGCCUUAGAUAACAUCUUAUUAACUGUUAUUAUAAAUAAUGAAGAAAAGAACCUAGAGGAUGAAAAAAAAGAAUCUUUGUUACGCCUAGUUCAUAUUAAAAAAGAGAUAGUAAACUUAGAAAAUAAUGUACUAGAAAAUAUAACUAAAAGUCAGAAUAAAAUUACGGAAGAUGAUAAUUUAAUUAAAAUUCUUUUAAAAUCAAAAUCUGAAAUAGAUGAGAAAAAUGGAUACUUGGAGGAAAUUAAUGACACACUUAAUAGAAUUAAUAUGAAUGAAGAUCUUUUUAAACCAUUAGCAAAAAAAGUGUCUAUAUUAUUUACAAUAUUAAACGAUUUAAAAUAUGUGAAUAAUUUUUAUCAGUUUUCUCUAGAUAUUUUCAUUAAUUUUUUUACAUAUAGCAUUAAUGAUUUUAAAAAAAACAAUAAAAAAUUAUCUUGUUCUGCUACUGAAAGGCAAGAAAAAUUAUUUAAUUAUUUUUUUUAUGAAUUUAUAAAAUAUACGAAAUUUUCUUUAUCAAAUAAGCAUCAUUUAUUUUUUAUUUUUUACUCUUUAUGUAAGAUUAUGGUUUUUGAAAACAAAAUAUCUCAAGAAGAUUACAACUCUUUUAUAUUUGGAAAUCAAGCUAACUUUGAAAAGAUACACUCGAAAUUUUUAAAAAAAAAAGUAACAGAAGGAGAUAUAAAUAAUGUAAAAGGACAAUUAUAUAACAAGAGAAAAAAUUAUGAUAAAAAUAAAAAGAGUAAAGAAAAAUUAAAAUGUGAUGAUGAACAAGAAAAAAAAGGAGAAAACAUUUCUGAUUCUUAUGAUUAUGUAGAUGAUGAGGAAAUUAAUAAUAAUGAUGAGGAUUAUUAUGAAGAAGAUGACUUUGAUAUUGAUGAAAAUGAUGGUGAUGAAAAUGAUGGCGAUGAGAAUGAUGGUGAUGAAAAUGAUGGUGAUAAUAAUGAUGGUGAUGAUAACGAAGGUAAUGAAUAUAGCUCUAAUGAAGAUGAAGAAGAGAAUGCUAAUGAAGAUAUAAAAAAUGAUAAUUUUGUGAUAGAAAAAAUUAAUAAUCCAGAGGAUAAAAAAAAUAAUAAUGACGAAGAUGAAGAAAAAAUAAAGAAUAGUAUAGACACAGCAAAUAACAAAAAAAAAAGACAAAAUAAAAAGAAAAAACAUAAUUUGAAUAGUAAAUUAUCGAAUGAAUAUAUGGAAGAUAAUUUUUAUGAGGAUUAUUCAGAAUUUAACAAUUUAAAUAAUAAAUGCACAACAGAAAAUGAAGAAAAAAAUAUUGAGAUAAUAAAUCCAGGAAAUGAUUGGAUAAGCAAUAAACAGUGGAUGAAUUUAUUAGAUAUAGAAAAAUUAAAAAAUUUUGGAGGUUUUAUUAAUUCUUUUAUCAAAUCAAUAAGAGAAUGGAGAAGGUGGUUUAAUUUUUUAGAAGUAGAAAGCUAUGUGUUACCAGAUGAAUGGGAAUUCAAUUUAAACUCUUUUCAAAAGUUAAUUAUAAUUAAGAUUUUACGACCUGAUAGAUUAAACAAAGCAAUAGAGAAUUUUAUAUAUGCUAACAUUUCAUAUAAUGAUAUUGAAGUGGAUCACAUGAAUUUUGAGUACAUAUUAAAGCCUUCUAAAAAUAUUGAACCACUUACUAUUAUUUAUAAAAGUAAUUAUGAUCCUUUUCAAUAUAUUUAUAAAUAUGCUCAUGAUAAUAAUCAAAAACUUAAAAAUUUAACGUUAACUAAUGAGAAUAUAAAUUUCGUAUAUAAUUAUUUGAGAGAUGCAAUGGAAAAAGGACAUAUUCUUUAUAUAUCAAACUUACAUAAUUCUGUUGAUAACUUAUUAAAAUUAACAAAAAUAAUUGAAAAUAUAUUAAAUAAUGAAUCCUCAUUAUUUAAUAGUUCCGAAAAUAUCAAUAUUGAUAACAAAAAUCAAGUCAAUUCUACUAAUGUUUUUUUGAAUAAUUGUGAUGGAGGAAAAAAAGAAGAAAUGACACUAACGAAAAAGGAAGAAAAAAAGAUAGUUGGAAAAAAUAAAGAAUCAAUAAGUAAUGAAGAAGAUAUAACAGAAGUUAUGGAAGAAAAAACGAUCAAAAUUUAUGAAGGUGAAAUAAUAGGACAGGAAGAAAUUCAAAUGCCAAUAGAUGUAGAUAGAAGUGGAUCUUUAGCAACUGUAGAAGGAUAUAGUGCAUUGAUAGAAGAAGAAUGCAGAACUGAUUAUGCUGAUAAUUUCAAUAAUUUAAUAAAGAAGAAAAAAAAAAACAUUAAGGUUCACCCAAAAUUUCGUUUAUUCUUAUCAUCUUUGCCCACUGAAAAAUUUCCAAUAUCUUUAUUACAAAAAAGUGUUAUUGUUAUUUUAGAAGAACCUCAUAAUAUUAAAAGAAGUAUCUCUAUAUUAGUUAAAGAACAAUGGGCAAUGGAAGAAAGUAAAAACAUUCAACUAAAUAAAUAUAAAAAGUUAUUGAUAAGUUUAUUUUGGUUUCAUUCUAUUUUAAAUAAUAGGAAAAAGUUUUAUAAUUUGGGGUGGAAUAGCGAGAAUUAUUUUUUUAGUGAUAAGGAUGUUGUAUUAAGUAAAUAUAUUUCAAAAAUAUUUUUAAAUAAAAAUGUAAAGGAAAUUUAUUGGCCUUACUACCAUUAUUAUAUUUGUGAUAUUAUAUAUGGUUCAAAAAUUAAUGAUUAUUUUGAUAAACAAUUAUUAAAUAUAUAUGCAAAAGAAUUUUUUAAUAAUAAUAUAUUUAAAGGAAAAUAUAUUUUUUCUAGUUCUACAAAUUAUUACUUACCUAGUGAAGUUAGCAAUGAAAAAGUAUUAAACAAUUAUCUAAAGGAAAUUCCUCAUAAUGACAAUGUAGAAAUAUUUGGACAAAAAUCAUAUUCAGAAAUUUCAUUCAAUUCAAUAGCAUCAAAAGAAAUUAUUUCUUUGUUAUUCAAUGUAAAUUCGUUACAUUUGAAUCAUUAUCAUAUUCAUAAUACUACAACUAACAAUAUUAAUGAAAAACAAGUGUAUUCUAUUACUAAAAUAUUAUUAAAUAAUUUGCCUCGUGAAAUAUAUUUAGAUGAAUUAAUGAAGAAACAAUAUAUUCAAGAACAGUAUAUUUAUGUAAAUUUAAUGUUACAAGAAAUAUACAAACAUAAUUUAGUUUUAAAAAAAGUUCGAAAUUCUCUUAACAAAGUUCAAUGCGCUUUAAAGGGAGAAAUAGUUAUAAAUAAAAAAAUUUAUGAUAUAAUAAAAUAUUUAAGCGAUGGAAUAGUACCUAAAUCAUGGAAAACUGUAUAUGUAUCAAAGAAAAAAAUUCUUUAUUUUUUUGAAGAUUUAAAAGAAAGAGUAAAUCAAUUAUAUGAAUGGAGUCUUAAUGGUAAUUUGCAAAUAUAUUGGUUAGGAGGAUUUUGUAACCCAAAAAGCUUUUUAAAAUAUAUUUUACAUGAAUAUUCUAAAAAAAAUGAAAUUAGCUAUGAUUUAAUAACAUUCGAAUUUACAACAGUUAGUAAAUCUGAUGAAAAUAAGUUAAAAAAUAAAGGAAUUGAAGAAGGUAUUUAUAUAAAAAAGUUAGUUCUACAAGGUGCUAAAUGGGAUUUUAUAAGUCAAUCAUUAAUGGAAACUGAUAAUAAUAAUUUUUAUUUUAUUAUUCCAAUUGUUUAUCUGAAAGUUGUUUUAAAAAAAAAAAAUAAGAAUGAUAAUGAUAUAUAUUAUUGCCCACUGUAUAUAUGUCAAGAAAAAAAUAUUAUUGAUAUUAAAGAAAAUUAUCUACUCCAGGUAGGAUUAAAAACAGGUUCUAAAAAUCCAUCUGAAUGGGGAAAAAUGGGUGUUCGUUUAUUUCUCACAAAUGAAUGUUAA